AUGCAGAAAGCAAGAGCGUCCGGCUCCAUUGAUACGUUCGAGCUGACAUGUCUACUCUGGGGAAACGAACGUAUUGUUGAGGAGCGGCGAGCUGCUUUCAAGCGUGUUGAGAAAGCACUCGGCAUUUACGAUAGUACGAAACUUCCGCGAUGCUACUCAGAAACCUCACGCGAGGAUCUGUUUGAGCAAGGUCUCGGGAUGGGAAAAGCAUAUCUUGAUGAUAUGCUCGAGCAUAACCAUGAACACUUUGUAUGGGUCACUCCUCGAUACAACCUCGUAAAUGCAAGUCCCUUCGGUCACAAAGCUGUUCUGUUUGAGCCUGCAAUGGAAUACAACGGCACAGAAGAACAAAAGGCACGGUGGCUUCCGCUGGCUCGAUCCGGCAGGAUACUCGGUACAUAUUCGCAAACUGAACUUGGCCAUGGUUCUUUCGUGCGAGGCAUCGAAACCACUGCGACCUUCGACCCUGAUAGCGAUGAGUUCGUCGAUGGCAAGCCAAUGCCUGGUAUCAAAAUGGGUGACGUUGGCUUGAAGCUCGGCUACAAUGAAGCAGAAAAUGGCUUCGCCUCUUUUGACCAAGUUCGCAUACCUCGAUCGCAGAUGCUCAUAGCGCACAGUCAGCUCGCACGCGAGGGCACAUUCACUAAAGACCCCCUUCGCGCCAAGCUCUCAUACUCGGUCAUGCUGCUUGUUCGGGGCAGGAUGCCUGGUAUCUUUACCGUACAACUAGCGCAAGCAUUGACGAUUGCGACACGAUAUUCCGUUGUGCGACAACAGGGUCUUGGUCCUGCCGAUGCGCUGAACACCGAAGCGAGCAUUUUCCAGUACAAGCACCAACAUUUCCGUCUUAUGAGCAUGAUAGCUAAGACGUAUGCAAUGUUUUUUGGUUCGCGGAUCUGCGAUGACCAGUACGACGAACUCCGUGAGAUGCAGAGCAAGAACGACCAUUCUCUCUUGCCAUCUGUUCACGCACUGACUGCGGGUAUGAAGGCAUACGUUACGUCAGAGGCUGCCGACAGUGCUGAAGACGCGCGCAAACUAUGUGGUGGCCAUGGAUAUAUGUCUAUAUCCGGCCUCCCGGAUAUCGUCGGUGCUCUCACAGGCGGUGCGACGUUUGAGGGCGAGAAUUAUGUUCUCUGGCAGCAGGUUGGACGACACCUACUGAAGCAACUCGACCGUUUACAAGAUGGCGAGCCAAUCGAGCCGCAGGUGCAAUACCUGGCUGAUGUUGAAGAUCCCAACAUUGUAUGCAGCGCAUUCGGAACGCAGUUUCUCGAUCCAGAAGUACAGCUUACAAUCUACCGCGACCGAGCACAUCGUCUGGUCGUCAAAGCACAUUCAGCUAUCCGAGCUUCCAGCAAGUUGCCUGCGGAUGCAUGGAAUGAGCAUAUGAUGCUGCUGAUCUCCGCCUCACGAGCUCACACUGAGUACUUCAUUCUUAGAUCCUUCAUUGACACUAUCUCAAGUCUUCCUGAUACCACAUCGUCCAGCCUUCGCACUGUACUGAACCGAACGCGCUCGCUCUUCGCCCUCUCCACCAUUAUAAACCCACGAACAGUCGACGCCCUGUCUUUUGUCGAGACAGCCUAUGCGGAUUCUCCACAUCUCACAACGACGCAACUCGAUCUCAUCCGCUCACUAGUCAACGGCUUGCUCGAUCAGCUUCUGCCGGAAGCAAUCGCAUUGACAGACGCAUGGGACUUCUCUGACGCAAGUCUUUGCAGCGCAUUGGGUAUGUAUGACGGCAACGUGUACGAGAAUAUCAUGCGCUGGGUCGAACAGCUGCCUAUCAAUCAGAAGGCGUGGCAGAAAGGUGGUGUACAAGAGGGGUGGGAGAAGUGGGUUGACCCCAUCCUGAAGAGAGAGAUAGCGAAGUUGUAA